AUGGAACCCUAUGCCGAAGAUACGAGGUUACCGCUGCAGGCUGAAGGCGUGUACAACCCUAUAUACGAGACCCCAACCGAGCAUCACACGCUCGCGCAAUCUGUCCGCCAAUCUCUUCCCCAAGCACCGCCUAGACCAGACAGUGGCGAUACGACCGUUCACCAUGGCAAGACCAGCAAGUACAAUUGGGCAAUCCGAGAUUCUGAAAAGUACAAGUCAGCCAGCGCCAGACUCGAGAGCCUUCCCGACCCACGGGUGCGAGAACGUCAACGCCAGGCCUUCGACGACAAGCUUGCCGCUUACAAAUCCUUGGAGGAACAGCUCGAAGAAAACGCCAAGUUGUGCUUCCUGCCUGAUUCAAUGGUGGACGAUCUCGAAAACGCUGACGAUGAACACCUCCUCAGCUUUCUGCCACCCAACAUGAGAGUGCAACUCGGCCGCCAACUCUCUGCUCGAUCCGAAGACCUUCCGCACAAAGUCCCAGACAGAGCGUUCGCAGAUAGCACCAAAGCCUUCAUCGCUGCACUACCGCUUCAGUCACGCCCUUUGUAUGUUGAGGCCAGCACGCAGACCACUGCCCCAACCCACGUAACUACGACAACAGCCAGCACCCAGACUCCAGACGCCGCGGACGAGUCAGCCCCGGUCAACAUGGUUAUGGCCACUGAGUCGACUCUGACCGCUCGCUCUGCCUUUGAACACAUAUAGUAGUAGUAGCUGCUAUGGGAUAUAUGGUUCUGCAAUCCUAAUACCCUGGAGCGAACCUAUCGAGGAGGACUAAGAGCGUGGAGCGUGGAAUGGGCGUGCAAUCUGCCCACCAUCUGUUUCUACUUGAUCUGGACCAUGAAAUGUAUCGUGUGAGGCUUGAAAUUUGCGGUGGGAUUCUUUAU